AUGGCGACCAAUGGGACCAAGAUUGCAGAUGGGCAGAUUUCCACUGAGGUCAGUGAGGCCUCCAUCACCAAUGACAAGCCCAAGACAUUGGUGGUGAAAGUACAGAAGAAGAAAUCAACAGACCUUCCUGACCGGGACACCUGGAAAGGCCGAUUCGACUUCCUCAUGUCCUGUGUGGGCUAUGCCAUAGGACUGGGAAACGUUUGGCGCUUUCCCUAUCUCUGUGGAAAGAAUGGUGGUGGGGCAUUUCUGAUCCCUUACUUCCUAACUCUCAUCUUUGCCGGAGUCCCUCUCUUCCUUCUGGAGUGUUCCCUGGGCCAGUACACAUCGAUUGGAGGCCUUGGGGUUUGGAAGCUUGCUCCAAUGUUCAAGGGUGUAGGGCUGGCUGCUGCUGUGUUAUCCUUUUGGCUCAAUAUUUACUACAUUGUCAUCAUCUCUUGGGCCAUCUACUACCUGUACAACUCAUUCACCACAACACUUCCCUGGAGACACUGUGAAAAUUCCUGGAACACAGACCGCUGCUUCUCCAACUACAGCAUCGCAAACACCACCAACAUGACAAGCGCCGUGGUGGAAUUCUGGGAGCGCAACAUGCAUCAGAUGACGGAUGGAUUGGAGAAACCAGGGCAGAUCCGAUGGCCACUCGCUAUCACCCUGGCCAUCGCCUGGAUCUUGGUAUAUUUUUGCAUCUGGAAAGGUGUUGGCUGGACUGGAAAGGUGGUCUACUUCUCUGCCACAUACCCAUACAUCAUGCUCAUCAUUCUGUUCUUCCGAGGAGUGACACUGCCUGGAGCCAGAGAGGGCAUCCUUUUCUACAUCACUCCCAACUUUGGCAAACUGUCAGACUCAGAGGUGUGGCUGGAUGCAGCAACUCAGAUCUUCUUCUCCUACGGUCUGGGUCUUGGAUCCCUCAUUGCCCUGGGGAGUUACAACCCAUUCCACAACAAUGUCUAUAGAGACUCCAUCAUUGUUUGCUGUAUCAAUUCCUGCACCAGCAUGUUUGCUGGCUUUGUCAUCUUCUCCAUUGUGGGCUUUAUGGCAAAUGUGACCAAGAGACCAAUUGCUGAUGUUGCGGCUUCAGGUCCGGGGCUGGCAUUCUUGGCAUAUCCCGAAGCAGUAACCCAGCUGCCCAUCUCUCCACUGUGGGCCAUCCUCUUCUUCUCCAUGCUGCUCAUGCUGGGUAUUGACAGUCAGUUCUGCACUGUGGAAGGGUUCAUUACAGCCCUGGUCGAUGAGUUCCCAAGAUUGCUCCGUAGCCGAAGGGAGCUCUUCAUCGCCAUCGUAUGCAUUGUUUCCUACCUGAUUGGUCUCUCCAACAUCACUCAGGGUGGGAUUUAUGUGUUUAAGCUUUUUGAUUACUACUCGGCCAGCGGAAUGAGCCUUCUCUUCCUGGUGUUCUUUGAAUGUGUUUCCAUCUCCUGGUGCUAUGGAGUCAACCGGUUUUAUGACAAUAUCCAGGAGAUGGUUGGCUCCCGGCCCUGCAUCUGGUGGAAACUCUGCUGGUCCUUCUUCACUCCAAUCAUUGUGGCGGGUGUCUUCAUUUUCAGUGCAGUACAGAUGACUCCACUCACCAUGGGCAACUAUGUGUUCCCCAAGUGGGGCCAAGGUGUGGGCUGGUUCAUGGCCUUGUCUUCCAUGGUCCUUAUCCCCGGCUAUAUGGCUUACAUGUUCCUGACCUUAAAGGGCUCCUUAAAGCAGCGCCUCCAGGUCAUGAUCCAGCCCAGUGAAGAUAUAGUUCGUCCAGAAAAUGGGCCAGAGCAGCCCCAGUCAAGCAAUUCGGCAAACAAAGAAGCCUACAUCUAG